AUAAAUCAAAUUGGAUUACGAGUGUACGCGUUCAGUCAGAACGCCCUCGCAUUUUUUCUACUGCGGCCUUGCUGUCGGACGUUCGCGUUUACGCGCAAUUAAACCAAUCCGCGAAAGCAAAUCCGAUAAAUAUUUUAUUUUUAAACCAGACGGAAGGUAGCAGGGUGCGAGAUGUUUCCACCGACGCGCAUUCGUAGCUGCCUUCCAGUCAUAAACCCUUUAUUCAAGCAAAGGUUGCGGCCACACAGGCCCUUCCGACAAACGUCGACUGUGCUCAACCAAACAAAGGCUUCGACAACGCAAUUACAGAAGACGAAAUGGAUGAAUUUCCGUGCAAUUUUCACGCGUUGGGUGCCGUUAGGGAGUGUUAUGUACGUCGGGUGGUGUUACAUACGACAGAGUAUUAACUAUGAAGUAUCGAAAAUCGAGAUUCGAUUUUACGAAAUGUUUCCGUUCCGUGUUACGAGCCGAUUGUGGGGGAAAGUGGCGGAGUGCGAACUCCCGACGUCUGUCAGGGGCUUCGUGUACGGUACCUAUUCGAGACUCUUCAACGUGAACCUAAGUGAAGCUGCUGUUAGUGACCUUACCUACUACAAAAGUCUAUCUGCUUUCUUCACGAGACCGUUGAAAGAUGGUGUGAGGAUUAUAGCGAACACCCCUUGCGUCUCACCGUGCGAUGGAGUAGUGCUAAACUGUGGCCCGGCGAGCACAGACCGCAUUGAACAAGUAAAAGGAGUCACGUACAGCCUAGAGGAAUUCUUAGGUGAAAAUACGUGGUCUAAACAGAAAGACAAUGAUUAUUACAAGUCUCUAUUAAAAGACAAGGAAAAUAUACUUCAUCAGAUCAUCAUAUACUUAGCACCGGGUGAUUAUCACCGUUUCCAUUCGCCAUGCGAAUGGACAUCUACGUUUAGACGUCACUUUGCUGGGAAAUUGUUGUCUGUGAACCCUUGGAUGGCGAAGCUCAUCCCAGGUCUAUUCACAAUGAACGAACGAGCCGUUUAUGUGGGAGAAUGGAAGCAUGGCUUCUUCAGCAUGACAGCUGUAGGAGCAACGAAUGUUGGGUCGAUAGAAGUCUAUAAAGACCCAGAACUGAGGACGAAUACGAAAGGAAAGCGUGGUAGAGUUGACGAAGCAGAAUUAGGCAAAGUUAAGUUUGAUAAAGGGGAGUUAUUCGGACAGUUUAACAUGGGUAGCACAAUUAUUCUACUGUUCGAGGCACCGAAAGACUUUAAGUUUGAAAUGAGGUCCGGUGACCGUGUUUUGGUUGGUCAGGCUUUGACAGCGGCUGCGAAGCAACAGGCCAGAUGACCUGUUACGAAUCAUCUGUUGGACAUAAUGCAGGUAGCAUUGGUUUUCUAUUUAGUCAGCCUCAUACUGUGAGUGGGAGGAUUUGACGCUUAUAUAUUGGAUGUAUAUUGUAAAUAGAUAUUUAUAUUUUUCAAAAAAAUAUGUGAGGAUUUGUCCAGAAGUAUAUAAACUAGUGUUUUGUAUGCAAACUAUACAAUAAGUGCUUCAUCAGGGUUUGAAAAUAUGUCCUAGAUAGAAUGAUAGAUUAUAAAAUAUAAAUUAUUUACGACUUUUCUACUGGAAUUACAUUGAACAAAUCAUCACUAAUAUAAGAGCCACGCUCUUGUCGGUGUAGCAUUCUCCAUGCUACUUUUUUAGGUUAAAAUAGAGCAGUGGUUUCCCCUCUAGCUUCUGCCCAAAUAAAUAUGAACAUGAAAAUUGAUGUGAAUAAAUAUGUCAUUUUUGAUCAUAGACCUUUGUCAAGUUUUUAAUUAUCAUGACUUUAAUUAACGAUAGUUUGAAACAAUAUUUUAAGGUCUUUUCCAGUGAGAUGAGAUUGGUUGGAACCCAGUAGUAUGGCAACUUUUGUAGAGUAAUUUCCUACAUAAAGGCAGUCCUCAUGUAUUUUGAAAGAGUUUAUAUUUACUAUGGUACACUUUUUUAUAUUAAGUAAUAAUUUUAUCAUGAGGGGCUUCCCAAUUGACAUUUCCCAAACACACGAUAGAUGGCGUUGUUCACUUUUAACGUGAUAAUUACCUAUUUUCUCAUUGCUGGGGUACAUAAUUAUUCAAAAAUGUAAUGUAAUGGCAGAAGCAUAUAUAAAACGAAUUGUUGCUUGAUAUUUAUUUAUUUAUUUAUUUAUACACAAUUUACAUAGUCAUUACAGGCAAUCCCAAUUCAACUAUGUAAUGCAAUUUUACUUAAAUAUUAUAAACUCAAGAGUUUUACAACUAAGUCUGUGAAUUUCGUUAACGAACACGUAAAUAGAUCGAUGUCAGUAUGGAGUACGGAGAUAGUAUUAAUGGUCUUUAGUGCGCGCGCUACUGGUAUUUGGAUCACAAUAUGUAUAGAAUGAUGUUGCUGGGUACUUACCUAUAUUGUUUCUCUUUAUUUUGAUCAGAAUAAUAAUGGGGGGCAGUUGGAUUGCCUUGGUGUAAUAAAAAGGGUCAUCAUUUGCACCCAAAAACAAAGAUAAAACAUGCAUAUGUCUCAAAUUCAAAUUCAAAUUCAUUUAUUCGUCAACAUAGGUAAAAGAGUUGUUACAAUAUAAUAUAUGUCGCACUAUGUCGCACCUUUCGGUAUACGAAUUUAAAACAUAACAGAUUAUUAAAUUACAAAUAAAAUUAUUAAAUAAAUUACAAUAACAUUCAAUAUAAUCAAAAUAGAAAAUUAACAAAUAUAUUGUAAUGAAAUGUCUUUUCAAUAUAAACGUUAGAAAAUUGUAUGUCAAAUAGGUAACAUUAAGGUAAAAAAAUAAAAUAAAAAUACAAAUACAAAUGCUAAUAACUUAAAAAAAAAAAAAAACAAUGUCUGGAAGAAGUUUAAACGAAGAAAAAACGUAACAACGCCAUUUAUGGUGAUUUUAGGGAACGUCGAUUGGAGAGGGACUUUCCAAUUAGAAUGCUAUCAGAAAAAUAUUACUCCUAGGCCUAUAACUAACAACACAACACCUAAAAAGAUCUCAUAAAACCAAAUCACGAAAAAUUAUGUGGGUACUUCAAAAAGUGAACUAUCCAUAGUUUUUCUAUUCUAUUUACAAAUUAACUAGUGUUGCAAUAGUAAAAAAAUAUAAAUUUUCGUUGUAAAUUAUCAAUAUUUUAUUAACAAGCAAAGCUUAUUAUGAAAGAUUUUAAACUGUAUUAUAGACAAACUUGCAUACCUAAAAGGUUUUUAAAGAAGAAUAUUAAAAAGAGUACUUUUAGAGAAUGAGUAUACGUUUUUUAAAGCAAAUAUUUAUGAAAAACAUAAGAUUCUGCUAAAUCAUUACCUCUAUACAUACACUGGUGAAGUGCCAUUAUUAGAAACGUUCCCAAAGU